AUGGAAGCAAAAGAAUCGUUAACCGAUUCCUAUGCUUGGAAAAGCAUUUUGAAGGGGAGAGAGGUGAUCCAAAUGGGAGCUAGAUUUAGGGUGGGUAAUGGAAAAAACAUCAAAAUAUGGCAGCAUCAUUGGCUGCCCAUAAAGCAUCCUCCAUUAGUUUCAUCCCCAAUCAUAGAGUCUAUGAAAGAUGCCACGGUGGACUGCCUCAUUGACAACAACACAGGUAAAUGGGAUGCUGAAAUGCUUAAGGGUGCACUCAUUCUAGCUGAAGCAGAACUUGCUCAAAGGAUGCCAUUACAUCAAUGCCAAACUGAGGAUGCUUUGUAUUGGCCAUUCACUGCUGAUGAGCAAUACAAUUGCAAGUUUGGGUAUAAAUUUCUCAAGGAUUUGGAGGAAAAUUUAGAGGAUGGCACUCACUCGAAGGUGGACAAGAAUUUUUGGAAAAGCAUUUGGUCCCUAGAAGUUCCAAACAAAUAUAAGAACUUGCUGUGGCGUGCUUAUUUUAAAGAGUUGUGCAGUUGGAUUUAUGAAAAUGGGAAGCCCAUGGACCUUUUUGCUAUUCAGGUGUGGAGCAUUUGGAACCAAAGAAACAAGCUUAGGCUGAAUCACACUCGUUGCCUUACCAAAGAUUUGCAAAAGAUGACAGAGGAGAGCUGGAAUGAGAUCUGUAAAAGCAACCUCAGGCUUAGCCGAAUCAACUCAAGCUCAACGCCUCAGACAACAUGGACAGCACCUACACCAGACAAUUAUAAGAUCAACUAUGAUGGAGCACUUUCAAAUGCAGACAACAAAUCUGGGAUUGGUGUUGUUGUACGGGAUUGUAAUGGGGAGGUUAUUGCUUCACUUGUAUAG